AUGGGGACACUUCAGAGACAGCUUGGCACUGGGCCGGCGGUCCGACAUGCGGUGCUGGCCCUGCUCAUGCUAUGCCUGCUUUUCUUUCCGUAUGGUUCCAGUACCAUUGUUGCAUCUGGAGGCGAGAGUUUCCCAGACGUAGCAGCACCGAGUGGUGCCGUCGAUGCUUCUGUUCCUGGGACUCCUGCGCAGAAUGGUUUGCUUCUGAAUGAGGGAGCGGGCGCCAAGGAGCAAACAUCAAAUGCUGGUACCAGUGUCGUUUCGGCUGAACAGCACGACAAGGGGAAUCUGGAACUUCUUAAAGCCCUGAUACUUGAGGCGGAUGCGACUGAGUCCGAGAAGCUGUCCGACAGUCAAUAUUUGUAA